CUUUUAAAGUCGAGGGAAGACAGUGUGUAAAAGAAAAAAGUGUAUAAAAACAACCAUCUUCAAUUAAUCCUGCUGCAACUUUCUCUGACGCCUGCAGUGGAAUCAGACUGCUUUCAGACACAUAAAAAGGCAUCAGCGAUUGAUCUGAUCUUUUGCGCUUGUGUGAAAAGAACCAUGUCCACGUGGGACUCCCUAAUUCCUCGUAUGUCAGACUCUCACUGGCUCUGCUGCAUGUGAUAGCCUGGCCAGCCGGGACGCAAGACUUUCUGGACCCACACAGACGACCCUGUGUGUGUGUCCCCACCCCACCCCUCCAACACCCUUCUCAUACCUUCUUAACUCCUCCACAUCCUCCUCCAGUUUUUCUCUUUCGUCUCAGAUCUGUCCAAUCACUCUCUUUAUGUACCUUACAUCCUCAUCUUAGCUGUUCUCUGCUGUUUUAUCCACGCUGCUCCCUCGGUUCCUGUAGCUUUCCCAUUCCUGUUCCCCACAUUUUCUUCCCCCUCACUUAUUGACAUCACCAGAUUUGACAGUGAGCCGCAGGCAGCCAAACACACACCCACACACUCUGUGUCUUUGUUAUAUUUAAAUAUCUUGAGAAUUUUGACAAACUACACAGCCAAAAACUAUUUUAACCAUUUUUAGGAGCCAAUGCUGGAAGAUGAGGAGAAAAGUAUUUAGCAAAACCAGGCUGGCUGCAGCUAUUUAACUCUUGUUUCAAUAGAACAUGUUAUCAAGUGACUUCAUGUAUAAUGGUCACAAUUUUGUUGUUUUUUGUGGUUUGGUAUCCAGGGGUUGUGAGGCUUUCUGGGUUUUAAGGGGUGUAAGAAAAAAUAUUUAUACAGUAGGCCUAUAUCUAAGCAUAUCAUUCAACUCUGUGAAGAAAAAUAUUAUUUUAAAAUGAUUAUAGAUUAUAGAAUAGAUUAGAUAUUCUUAUUUCAGAUAUAAAUAAACUUAAUUUCACAGGAUAAGGGCAUAGUGAAGACCUGAACAUAAGUUAUAUCUACAAAGCCUUCACUCUUGUUAAACAGCCUCGUCCUGCAAAGAAACCAGGGGCGGAUCUAGAGAAAUAUUCAUGGGGUGGCCAUGGAGACUUGAAUAUAAAUAUUUGCUUGGAAAAGCUCCCAAAUGAAGAUACUUGCAGUCAAAAACAUGAUUGUGGUACAUUAGUAAAGCGGUGAAUAGAAAUAUCUGAAGGUGGCAUUAGAAAUCCAUAAGUUGUUUUAUUUCCCCAAAUUUGUCCAAAAACAUUUUCCAAUGAACUUAAGCCUUUCACUUUUUAAAUCCACCCCUGCAAAGAGCUAAUAGAACAAUGAGUAGGAAACACUGCAUUUAUCAAAAAAGAAUCCUAUUAAGUAUAUAUGACUGAAUAAAAUAAAUAAAUAAACAGCUAAUACAGACACAGAAGAGACAGAGAAAAGAAAUCAGAAAAGAUCUGCUCAGAAUUCCUCCAAAUUGUUUGUUUAAACAGACUUCAUGCAGUUAUUUGUUCUGUAUUGAAUAUUAUAUGAAAUAUGUCACUCAGUGAUACAGGGGUUCCAUAAGGAGGAAGGUUGGUAACCACCGCUUUAUGUGUCAGUCUUACCUGCCAAGGGAUAAUUAGCUUAAUGCUUCUGUGCUCAAAUACAUAAAAUAAUACCAUUUAUGUCUGCUAUUGUACAAACAUAAAUAACUGAGUGGGGUGAGUCCACCCAUGCUGCGUUUUACUGCCAUUGUUGACACAUCGAGUUACUUUUAAGUUGAAACAUUUUAAUUCAUAGAAGCUUUUAUUCGUGAUGGUGCACCCUGUAUCUCACUGUGACACUUUCAUCUUAUUCGCAUCAGAUUUGCAUUAAAAACGCAGCACAGGAGGCCCCCUGUGGUUCUCUCUGAAGAGUUUAGUUCAGUUUCCGAGCAGCACCUGAAGGCACCAACAGCCCUCAAUCAACCCCCCCACCCUCCUCCUCCUCCUCCUCCUCCUCCCUCCGCCCGGCUCACCUUGCUCGGUGAGCGGCCCGUCCCCCAGAGCGCAGCACCGUUCCCGGGGAGUGGCUGGGAGCCGACGGGCAGCUCGCGUGCGUCUAUGUAGGUAGCCCGUGAGCGCGUGUGCGUGCGUCAGUGUGUCCCAGCGUGAGUUUCCCGCCGGUUGAAACAUGGAGGAGUUAGCCAGAGAGAGCAUCAGCCUGCUGGCUUCAGCCUCUUCCAAGCCCCCGCUGGACGUUGCCGCCGGGCCUCGGCUCGGCUCCAUGGGGGCCAUUUUCAUCAUGCUGAAAUCCGCCCUGGGCGCCGGGCUCCUCAACUUCCCGUGGGCCUUCGAGAGGGCCGGGGGCAUCCGCAGCGCCGUUACCGUGGAGCUGGUCUCCCUCGUGUUCCUGGUCAGUGGUCUGGUCAUCCUGGGCUACUCUUCGUCCAUCAGUGGCCAGUGCACUUACCAGGCGGUGGUGAAGGAGGUGUGCGGGCCGGCCAUCGGUCAGCUGUGUGAGAUCUGCUUUGUCUUCAACCUCUUCAUGAUCUCUGUGGCCUUCCUGGUUAUAGUGGAUGACCAGCUGGAGAAGUUGUGUGGCUCCCUGUAUGAGGUGGUGACCGGUUUGCCGGAGUCAGAGAUGCCGUACCACUUCUACACAGACCAGCGCUUCGCCCUGGUGCUGCUCUGCGUUCUCCUCAUCCUGCCGAUGUCCAUCCCAAAAGAGAUCAGCAUUCAGAAAUACAUCAGUGUUCUGGGCACUCUGGCUGCGACCUACCUGACCAUUGCCAUCAUCAUCAAAUACCACAGCACGUCGACUGUUAUGGUUCACAUCACCCCUCUGUACAGCAGUGGGAUCAGCUCCUGGGCCUCCAUGUUCAGCGUCAUCCCAACCAUCUGCUUCGGUUUCCAAUGCCACGAGGCGUCCAUCGCCAUCUACAGCAGCAUGGAGAACCAGCGGCUCUCUCAUUGGGUCUUCAUCUCUGUGGUCUCCAUGAUCUUCUGUCUCAUCAUCUACUCCCUCACAGGGGUUUAUGGGUUCCUGACAUUUGGAAAGGACGUGAAGGCCGACAUUCUGAUGUCGUACACCGGCGAUGACAUUCUGAUGCUCAUCGCCAGGCUGCUGUUUGGAGUCUCCAUCAUUACCAUCUAUCCCAUCAUCCUGCUGCUGGUCAGAUCAGUGAUCCAGGACCCCCUGCUCAGAUGGCGGCGGAGGCGUGAUGGCGUGGCGACGCUGGAGUUCGAGAGCCGCAGCCGCUACGUGCUGACAGUCCUGUGGAUAACAGUGACGCUACUAAUCGCCAUGUUUGUACCCGACAUCAGCAAGGUCGUCAGCGUCAUCGGCGGGAUCAGCGCCUUCUUCAUCUUCAUCUUCCCAGGACUCUGUCUGAUGUUUGCCAUGCAGUCUGAGCCAGUGUCCUGGAAGACCAGAGUCGUCCUCACAGUUUGGGGCGUGGUGACCUUGCUCUGCGGAGCUUUCAUCUUCGGCCAGAGCACCACCAUCGCCAUCAUGCAGGUCCUCGGAAAGAUCUGACCGUCCCUCCCUCCCCCGCUGAUCCAGGGGCUUUUCAUGGAGACCGUAGCGGUGACUAGAUCUUAACUCCCCCUCUCCCUUUCCUGAAAGAGCUGACAUUGAACUAUGGCCGCCACAGACUAUUUAAAAAUGGACCCCUGAACCGAUCAAGAGGCCCCUCGCAACUCGCAACAUGUGGCCUUAAACCACAAAGAGACAAAACGCCGUACAAACCCCUCCCUCGUUCGGCGUCGAGGUACGUUACUUUCAUAGGGGUUAACUGUUCUCAAAGCACAUCGGGGUUAACUGUUCUCAAAGCACAUGGUGAGGAGCAGACACUCGCUGAGAUUAUCUGAUUGAAAUUGUAUUUCUGCAGUUUGUUGUAUGUAGUUGAUCUACAAGUGCAGAUCAAUGUUAACCUGCAGUCUGUGGGUAAGAUGAAGAGCCUUAAACCGAUGGUGGGUGGGGUGUUUUUAACAAUUUAGUGUUCAAGAAAAUGAAACGUUAUUUCAUUUUCUUGAACACUAAUUUCACUUUAACGGUGGCCACGAUAUGCAGUUAUCAGUAGUGUAACAUGAAAAACAGGCUGUGCCAAUAUGAAACUAAAACUUUUAAGAUGCCAAACAUGGUGCGUUCAGUCAGUUACAGUCUGCAUGUUCCCAGGAGAAUAUGCGAUAAAGGAGGCCUGAUUGGGAAUAAGACCUGUUGGUAUCCACUGUAGAGCUAUAGAAGACUGAGUUGACAGGUUGCUUCAGGGAGCCACGAGGGAUGGGGAGGAUGUUUCUAUACAUGUAUAUGUGUAAAAAGAGCUGCAUUUCUGUUAUUUGAAAAAAAAUAUGUAAUGAUAUGUUAAGUAGUAAUGUUAAUAGUGAAUGAAAAGAAAGAAAUUGAAUAAAAUAAUUUUUAUAUGAAA